GUGGACGGGUGGCAGUUCGCCUGCCCUAUAAUUAUACGUAUACAUACAUGACACUUUAUCUCCUCGACCUCUGUCUUCACAUCACUUCUGCCUUUAUCUUGACUACGCUUGACUCUUCAUACGAUAGCUCCUCUUCACCUCGUGCGUGCUUGUGUCUCCGUUCUGUCUACUGGACCUGUUCUGCGCCACAUCUGACCGGCGGAACUCACUCCCCUCAAACCGCACAUCCAAACGAACCGUAUCAGCAGACAUCGGAGGAUUUGUUCUAGUUUCACGGCUUCUGCAUUACCAUCCCCUCACCACCACCAUCAAACGGAACAGGUCAGGAAUCGCUUAAUCCGCCGCUCCGCUCCGGUUCUGCAGCAAAUUUGCUUGGUAGCACUCGUUCAGGACGGUAGUGG